AAGGCCCCAGGAGGCUGCCAGAAGCUGGGCAGAGCUGGUGCCCAGUUAGACUGGUAGGCAGCAGGUGGCCAAGUUGGUCCGGGGACACUUGGACAGGAAGGCGCGCUUGGCGGUCGCUGGAAUGGAGAGCUCCCCAGCAGAUCAUGCUAAGAGUGAGCCCUUCCACACGGUCACACCUCUGCUGGAGAGCUGGGCGUUGUCCCAGGUGGCGGGUGUGCCGGUCUUCCUCAAGUGUGAGAACGUGCAGCCCACUGGCUCCUUCAAGAUCCGGGGCAUCGGGCAUUUCUGCCAGGAGGUGGCCAAGAAUGGAUGCAGACACCUGGUGUGCUCCUCAGGGGGCAACGCGGGCAUCUCAGCCGCUUACUGCGCUCGGAAGCUGGGCAUCCCUGCCACCAUUGUGCUGCCCGAGAGCACCUCCCUGCAGGUGGUGAGGAGGCUGCAGGGGGAGGGGGCCGAGGUUCAGCUGGCUGGAAAGGUCUGGGACGAGGCCAACCUCAGGGCGCAGGAGUUGGCCAAGAGGGACGGCUGGGUGAACGUCCCCCCGUUCGACCACCCCCUGAUCUGGGAAGGCCACACCAGCCUGGUGCGGGAGCUGAAGGCAGCCCUGGGGACGCCCCCAGGGGCCCUGGUGCUGGCGGUGGGGGGUGGGGGGCUCCUGGCCGGGGUGUCGGCGGGCCUGGUGGAGGUGGGCUGGCAGCAGGUGCCCAUUGUCGCCGUGGAAACUCGAGGGGCACACUCUUUCAACGCAGCCGUCGAGGCGGGCAGGCUGGUCACGCUGCCGAGCAUCACCAGUGUGGCCAAGUGCCUGGGUGCCAAGACAGUGGCGGCGCGGGCCCUGGCCUGCACGCGGGAGUCGAAGAUCCUCUCGGAGGUGGUGGAGGACCGGGAGGCUGUGGAUGCCAUGCAGCGGUUCCUGGAUGAUGAGCGCAUGCUGGUGGAGCCCGCCUGCGGGGCGGCCUUAGCUGCCGUCUACUCCGGCCUCCUGGGGAGGCUCCAGGCAGAGGGCCGCCUGGGCCCCGCCCUGGCCUCCGUUGUGGUCGUCGUGUGCGGAGGCAACAGCAUUGACAGCCGAGAGCUGCAGGCCCUGAGAGCCCAGCUGGGCCGGAGCUGAGGCCUCCCGGUCUGGGAGUGCCGGCUGCACCCCACGGAUCCCCCGGGAGCUCACGGAUGCCCCUGUAGCUGGCUGAGAGGCCUCUGUGCUCACCAAUGACUGUGGAAGCUUCCCUGUGCUACUGUGCUGGCCGCCUCCUGCAGGAAGCCCUCCUGAACUGCUCCCUCCCACUCCCCUGCAACGCCAACCAAUAAACCCUUUCUGAGUUGAGCUGGUAA